CUCGCGACUCGUUCAUUCCCUCUGCAGAUGACUUCAAGCUUAGGAUAAAGCCGGACUUUGUUCGAUAGUUAGACUAGCUACCUCGAAGCACAAAGCAGACCUCCUUUGGCGUCCUUUCGAUCAUCAAAGUACCAGCUACGUCAAUUCUUCGCCAUGACGGCCAACAGCGAAUCCGCAUCUUCUCGUGUCGUCGGUGGGCGUACGCUUCGCAACGGGACCCGCAAGUCCUACGUUCCGCCUCCCAUCGAGAGCUCUGACGAUGAAGAAAGAGGAGAUACUAUCAACGUACAACCGGUCGUCACCUCGGGACCGAGCACAACAGUCAAAGUCAAGGUCGAAGACGUCGACGAUCAGGAGCCGAAGCCCGGCCGUAAGCGGGAGAGAUCGUCGUCUGAGACCGACGACUUCGAGCUGGACAAGAAGAAGCAGAAGCAGCGCAGAGGGAAGACUCAGGCACAGAAAGACCGAGCCAAAGCUGAAGCGAAGGUUAAGGCUGAAGAGAAGGCUCGGAAGGCAGAAGAGGAGAAGAUAUACAAUGAUAGGGUGAAGAAGGAGGCCAAGUGGAAGGCUGCGCAGGCGAAGAAAGAGCCCAAGAUGCCUUGGAAGAAGGGACAAAAGAUUCACUUGUUCGACCUGCCAGCAGAGAUCCUAGAACAAAUCCUAUCGCUCGAGCAGGACCUAUCAAUCAAGGACUACAUGUGCAUUUCGGCCACUUGCUGGUAUCUCCGUUUACCUUUUCUGGAUGAUAGUCUUUGGCGCCAAAUUUACCGAUCUAGAAAGAAGACUCCAAAUCUCUCCGGAGUUGAAGACCGCGAGGGUAUCAUACCCACAGCGAUCUCAAAUCAAUCAGGCGUGAUGAAGAUCGGCCCUACACAAACGCUCAUCUCAUGCACGGAAGCUUGCUACUUCGGUGAAGUCAGCUCAACACAAGGAUCCCCCACCAAAGUCCUUCGAAUUCUAGGUCAUGGCAUGUCCAAGCCUGUCAUUAAACCUGAGCCGGAGAGAGCGAUCGAUCUGCUCAACCAAUACAAUCGCAUAUGCCAAUACUCGCAAUAUAAGAAGCAACUCGCCAAACAGCGGUAUUACCGCUAUAAGACCGCCUCCACCGAGGAGAUGCAAGAAUGUCGAGAGGUACUGCACUGGUCGAUAGCAAGAUUGCCACUCAGUCGGACAGAGGCUGUCCACUUUGGCAUAAAGACCGACUCUCUGCCAUUCCACGCAAGGAUCUGGGAUUACGGGCCGUGGCAAACACUUGCGAGACGAGAUACCAAUUGGCCGAUCAUCCCCGCCAGCAAAGCCGUGGGAAUUCAUUGGCUGAGUCCGGAAGAUCUGGAGACGGUUCCCAAGGUCCCGGAUAACUCUUCCCCCAGUCCUGAAAGUCUUCCCAAAGAUACUGCAAGCAAUGCUCAUAUUGGCUACCACUUUAAAGAGGAUAUUACACAACUGACCAAAAAGUUCAAACAAUUGAUCGUGAUUCGUAAAAAACGGCGGACCAAGGCGAUGUCGUUGUUGAAUGAAGAAACCCAAGUCAUAUUACAGCGGCAGGGCUUGUAUAGAUCGUGGUGUGAUCUCUGCCAAGGCUUUCAUGACUCUCGGAAGCCUUACAGACAUAAUUGGUUCUACACGCAUAAGGAAUACAGCUCGGCGGAUCUAGAUGAAAUCAAACGGCGAAUACGGGCUCUGAAGAUCAAGGAAGUUGGGUGUGAUUGCUUCGCAUGCUGGCAGGAAUACCAGUAUGACUCGGAUUUCGGAUAUUAGUUGAAUCAUUGACGGACCUUCUUUCAUUAUCAAUAAUGUUUACAUUGCGGGUUGGACACAAGAAGUUUGCUUUUCCAUGCCUUACCAUGAACCAUCAUGUCGAGAACGCGAG